AGUUUAAAGUAUCCCUACUAUUUGUGUUGCAUUGUUACACUGACAAUCAUUUUUUUUAGGUUUGUUUGAUUAACACAUUGCCAGAAAGAUGAAAUUGGACCUCACCCUUAACGACCGUCACAAUCUGAGGUUUCAGUCCGUUUAUGGUAGUCUGGUACCCCAGAUUGCCCGACUGGUGCCCUUUAAUGAGUCGGAAGUCACCUGUAUCCUGAUGAUCUACUACAAGUAUAGCCUCCAAAAUGGACCCACAGCGCGAAGGAUAACCAGCUCACAGCUGGUGAAUAUCGUCAUAGGCUUCCAACAGCUCUAUGACAUGGAUGUGGUACAUCGCAUCGUUACCCUUAUCUGCGGAGGUCGGAAACAGGUCACACCAAUGGAGUUUGUCAACUACAUAACCAUCAUUAUGACCCGUGAUAUGGAGCAAAAAAUGAACUUUGCUUUCAUGGUAUACGACAAAAAUGGAUUGGGCAUCAAUCGCGAGCUAAUUUCAGUGGCGGUCGAGAGGUUUUUCCCUGGGGACGAUGACGAAGUUCUUGAGAUGCGACUGGAUAUGGUCGAGUUUCUACUCCUUAAAUUUGAUGAAGACCAGGAUGGAGUCAUCACAUAUGAGGAGUACAGCAAAGUCGUCCGGCACCAGCCGCACCUGCUCGAGUUUCUCGGCCCCAUAUUCCCCUCCGACGAGGCGCGUCUGGUGAUCGCCUACUGCACGGCCAUAUACUCCCACAUUCCCGAUAUGAACAUAUAGGGUGUUUGUGAGGAGUGUGUGUGCCGUGGAGCUGGCAAUUCGCCAGGACACCCUUGUCGCAUAAAUCUUUCAGGCACAAAUAAAUCGAAAGCAAUGCAAA